AGGAACACUAUAGUCAUGUCUGAUCAGUAUGCCGUCGUCGGUUACGUUGAGUCGUCUAUCCCUCCGGGAAAUGCCCUAAAAUUAGGCAAACAGGGAGAAGAAGACAUGUGGGUUGCUAUAGCGAAGACCGAGUGGGGUACAAUUCCGGGAAAAGCUGAUAAAGAUGGUACUUGCUGGUAUUUCUAUUUUUGGAAAGAAUAUCGUACUUCUCAAGAAUUCGCUUAUGUGACAUCCAUACGUCCCACUAAACUCGUGAAAAGUGAUUCACCGCCUCCAUUAGCAGUUCUAUCCGGAUACCAGACUGGCGGGUCUGGAUAUCUCUACGCCGCAGUUGCAGAAACAGAUUGGGGAACAAUCCCCGGAAAAGCUAAAGGUGACACGUGCUGGUAUCCGUAUGGCAAUACGGAACAUAAAACCAAGAAUUUCAGUUGGGUAGUCCUGGAUGAAUAGAUAUCCUUUUUAAACAUGGACUUUGAGAAAAAAUU